UUUAGCCUUAGCUAAAUCAAGGAAGCUAGCUUGGUGGAUCUACCUACAUCUGUGUUGUAAAGCCAGUACAUAAAAAAUGGAUUUGUAUAUUUUGUCAGCAGCACUGUGGUACUUUAUACCAUUAUAUGUACUCAUGCAUGUCCUGUGUUUCAUAUUUGCGGAUGCAGACUUUACUCUGCUGCGAGCGAGACUGAUAGGACACAGGCCAGAGGCCAAGCUAAAGGGACUGGUGGUGUGGGUCACUGGAGCUUCCAGUGGUAUUGGAGAAGAGCUGGCCUAUCAGCUGGCAAAAUGUGGGUCACGUCUCGUCUUGUCUGCUCGACGUGAAGAUGAUCUAAAUAGAGUGAAACGGCACUGUUUAGAGAACUCCAGCCUCAAGGAUGAAGAUAUUCUCGUUCUUCCACUUGAUUUGUUGGAGAGGACAUCUCAUGAGGAAAAAAUGAAAACUGUGAUUCGGUACUUUGGGCAGGUUGAUGUCCUAAUUAACAAUGGUGGCCGAAGUCAGCGCUCUCUGUUCUUGGAGACCAGUGUUGAUGUAUACCAGGCCUUGAUGGAGCUCAACUACCUUGGUACAGUCUCUAUAACAAAGCAGGUGCUGCCUCACAUGACACAGAGAGGCAGAGGGAGUAUUGUGACUGUCAGCAGUGUAGUUGGCCUUGCUGGGGCCCCCCUGGCAACAGGAUACUCUGCCAGCAAACAUGCUCUUCAGGGUUUCUUUAAUUCCCUUCGAACGGAGCUGACAGACUUUCCAAAUAUUCUCAUCAGCACAGUGUGUCCUGGGCCGGUGCAGUCACAGAUUGUCAGCAAUGCCUUUACAGAGGAAGUGGGCAAGCAUGUUACUACAGCUGGCAACCAAGAAUACAAGAUGCCAACAAGCCGAUGUGUUCGUUUAAUGCUGGUGGGAAUUGCCAAUAGUGUCAAGGAAAUGUGGAUUGCUCAGCAGCCCUUCCUUUUGUUUUACUACGCCUGGCAGUAUGCACCCACGUUUGCCUGGUCCAUGACAAACUUGCUGGGCAGGAAACGGGUGCAGAAUUUCAAAGCUGGUCUGGAUGCAGACUCUGCAUACUUCGCUAAGCCAAAGACCUCCUGAAAAUGACCUCAUCAAGAAGUGCUUUCAUUGCAUUCCUGCUGUUGGAUGUUUCUGUAAAAUGUCUGCUUUCAACCUAGAGAGAAAGAUUUCUGGACAAAGGACUCAAAGCUACUGUUCAAGCGAAAACCUCUUUCCAUCUUAACUGUAAACCAAGCCUUCUUUUUGUGGCAUGCAGCCUUCAUGAAAGAAUACAAGGCCUGAGGACUACAUGUUAGAAUGAUGAUGCAUUUGCACUGACCUUUUGAAUGCUUAAUAAAAUUUUGUUUGGAUCAAUUUUAUGCCUUGUUUGUACAAUGAAACAUUUCAAAUCUA